UCUGGAUAGUUGGUCCGCGGCUAUGAGGCAGUGCCCAAUCUCCACAUAGGAUUUAAUUGUCUUUAUCUGAGGGGCGGGCCUCGCUGUCAACUCCACUUCUUGUGAGCUGUGUUGGCAUAAAGGCAUUCAGUACAGAGGAAUGUAGACAGCUGAGAGAGAAGCACACUACACAUAGCCGCACUAUGAAGGAAAUAAUGGCACAGAAAGAGAAGCUACAAAGUCUGAAAGAUUUCCACAAGGACACACUGAAGCCUUCGCCAGGGAAGAGCCCAGGCACUCGACCGGAGGAUGAGGCAGAGGGAAAGCCCAUCCAGAGGGAGAAGUGGGCCAGCAAGUUAGACUUUAUCUUGUCCGUGGCCGGAGGCUUUGUCGGUUUAGGGAACGUGUGGCGCUUCCCGUACCUCUGCUAUAAGAAUGGUGGAGGUGCGUUUCUCAUCCCCUACACCAUCUUCCUGUUUGGUGGAGGCCUGCCGGUGUUCUUCCUGGAGGUGGCUCUGGGCCAGUAUACCUCUGAGGGAGGCAUCACCUGCUGGGAAAAACUCUGCCCCAUCUUCACCGGUAUUGGCUACGCCUCCAUUGUGAUCGUCUCUCUCCUGAACAUCUACUACAUAGUGAUUCUAGCCUGGGGACUCUACUACCUAUUCCAGUGCUUUCAGCCGGAGCUGCCAUGGGCCAAAUGCAAUCAGCCAUGGAACACAGCCCGGUGUGUGGAGGACACAUUCCGCAAGAACAAGACCCUGAUGCUUGCUGCCAACAUCACCAACUUCACCUCCCCUGUCACUGAGUUCUGGGAACGCAACGUGCUGAGCAUCUCUUCUGGGAUCGACGACAUCGGCCCCCUGAAGUGGGACCUAGCCCUAUGUCUCCUGGCAGUAUGGAUUGUCUGCUUUUUCUGCAUCUGGAAGGGAGUCAAGUCCACUGGGAAGGUGGUGUAUAUCACAGCAACUUUCCCUUUCAUCAUGCUUAUCGUGCUGCUGGUGCGUGGAGUGACUCUGCCAGGGGCAUCCGAAGGGAUAAAAUUCUAUCUCUACCCCAACAUGACCCGCCUACAGGACCCAGAGGUGUGGAUCGACGCGGGAACCCAGAUAUUCUUCUCUUACGCCAUCUGUCUGGGGGCUAUGACGUCACUGGGGAGCUACAACAAGUACAAAUACAACUGCUACAGGGACUGUUUGCUGCUGGGAGGCCUGAACAGCGGUACCAGUUUUGUGUCUGGCUUCGCAAUAUUUUCCGUCCUGGGCUUCAUGGCACAAGAGCAAGGGGUGGACAUUGCCGAUGUGGCAGAGUCAGGUCCUGGCCUGGCCUUCAUUGCUUACCCUAAGGCUGUGUCCAUGAUGCCCAUGCCCACGUUCUGGGCCAUCCUAUUCUUCAUCAUGCUUCUGCUACUAGGCCUCGACAGUCAGUUUGUGGAAGUGGAAGGACAGAUCACCUCCCUGGUGGAUCUGUAUCCAUCCGUCCUAAGGAUUGGUUACCGCCGUGAGAUCUUUAUAGCUGUGAUGUGUUGCAUAAGCUAUCUUCUGGGACUCACCAUGGUAACAAAAGGUGGCAUGUAUGUGUUUCAGCUCUUUGAUUACUAUGCAGCCAGUGGUGUGUGCCUUUUGUGGGUUGCAUUCUUUGAAUGUAUUGCCGUAGCCUGGAUUUAUGGUGCUGAUAAUUUCUAUGAUGCAAUUGAAGACAUGAUUGGCUACCGACCUAACCCGUGGAUGAAAUGGAGCUGGACAUUUAUCACUCCCGUCCUCUGUGCGGGUUGCUUUAUCUUCUCUUUGGUGAAGUACAAGCCCCUGACCUAUAACAAGGUGUAUGAGUACCCAGACUGGUCUAUUGGCCUGGGCUGGUCUCUGGCCCUCGCCUCCAUGAUCUGCAUCCCCAUGGUAAUGGUCAUCAAGAUCCUCCAGUCCGACGGACCGCUUAUAGAGAGGAUUAAGGCAGUGGCGGCCCCAGUAAAGGGAGGUGCGAGUUCUCGCCCCAAAGAGUACAGCGUGAAGGGCAGCGAGCUUACCCAGCCUCUGAACCCCAAUGGGGACAACAUCCUGAUCAAGCCCACCCACACCAUUGUAGAAACAAUGAUGUGAGCACUCUCUGUGAGAGGAAAUACUGAUUGGCGUGCUGUCUACGUUAUUAUCAUUUAUUUGCUAACUUUGAUAGUGGUAGAACCAGGUUUACAUUGUUCUAUAUAUCCGCACUAGGAAUAUUCUGGUUUGGUUUCUAUGAUGAUUAUUAAGAGAGUUAUAUAUAUAUAUAUAUAUAUAUAUACAGUGCCUUGCGAAAGUAUUCGGCCCCCUUGAACUUUGCGACCUUUUGCCACAUUUCAGGCUUCAAACAUAAAGAUAUAAAAC